AUGUUCUGGGGACAUGGUUUCCGUCAUUUGGACACUCUGGUUCUAGGAACAUGUCGUGUUAGACCCGUAGGAAUGUUGGAACAAUCGGUCCCUGCUCGAGAGGUGUUGCGGGGCCACGGCGGGGGCGGGAUGAUGGCGAGAAGCGAGCUGCGCGCGGUGCUAGGUCACUUGGCCGCCGUGGGCGACGUCGAGGGCGCUGUGGUCGAGCUCGGGUGCAACGCGGGCAGCACGUCCGUCCUCGUGCGGCGGCUUCUGGAUCACCCGGGCAUGCCGGCUCGGGAGUUUCACGUCUACGACUCGUGGGAGGGGUUGCCCGAGAAGCACCAGAAGGACGGGGAGUCCGAUUGGUACGCGAGCGGCUCGCUGGCUUCCACGCAGGAGCAGCUGCAGCGCAAGUUCCGCCGUGCGAACCUGAAGCCUCCGAAGCAGCACAAGGGGUGGUUUUCGGAUGCUGUCUAUCCCGAUCGGAUUGCGUUUGCUUUCUUCGACGGAGAUUUUUACCAGUCCAUAUUGGAUAGUUUUCAGGCCGUGUAUCCGCGUCUUGUGCCUGGUGCGCGAGUCGUCAUUGACGACUACGGUGCGAGCAGGCUGCCAGGCUGCAAGUUGGCCUGCGAUGAGUUCUUGGCUGACAAACCUGAAAAAGUAAUACGAAUCCUCGGCUACGGCAUUGAACGGUUCAGAUGGGAAAGUCAACCAGAGGGCGAUUUUAGCACUGGAGGCGUGAUGAUCAAGCAGGCUGCGGAGCCCUGA